UCCUUUCCCCUUCCCCUUCCCCUUUCCUCUCUUUCAUAAAUCCUUCCCUCUCCGACGAAUUCGAUUGCAUGCCAUUCUUCUGCCGCCAUCAAUCGCCACCGCCAUGCCUACUACCGCCUCCGCUUCCACCACCUCCGGGCCCGACGGCGGUCCUUCUUCCCUCGUCGCUCGACUCUCCUCCAGUGACCCCGAUGUCAAGCUGAAGGCCCUGCGGGAAGUCAAGAACCAAAUAAUAGGCAGCAAGACGAAAAAGCUCAGCUACAUAAAGCUCGGCGCCGUCCCUCGCGUCGCGUCAAUUCUCUCCGCCGCAAUUGCCGACGGCGACUGCUUCCAGCCUGCUCCUGCCGCUUCUGUGCGGGGAAUGCUCGGCUAUUCCAGCAAUGUCGUCGUCCAAUCGGCGGCAGCUCUUGGCAGCUUCGCCUGCGGAUUCGACGACGGCGUCCAGGCAGUUCUCGCUGCGGGCGCUCUGCCGCUUCUGGUUAGACUGCUCGAUCAUCCCGACGACAAAGUAGUGGAUGCUGGUGCUCGCUCCCUGAAAAUGAUCUACCAGUCUGAAUUUGCUCCCAAAUAUGAAAUCCUUGAACGUGGAAGCUUAGAAUUCCUGGUUUCCUUACUGAAUAGAGAGGGUGAAAACGUUACUGAACUAGGUGCUCAUAUCAUAGCCCAUUCUUGCAGGACGUUCGAAGAGCAGAAAGUUAUGCUCGAGGCUGGGGUUCUGAAGAGGCUUGUCAGCCUCCUAGAUGGGAGUGUAGGUCAGAGAGAUGCUAGCUUAGGUUCUCUUGCUGCAGCUUUCAAAAAUAACUCUGAAGUCAUAAAGGAGUUUCUGGGACCUCAUGGCGGGAAAUCGUUCAAUGCCAUACUUAGGUUGACCGUGGAUAGCAAUUCCAAGACGAGGCUGCUCGCUUGCCAGUGCUUGAUUGUCAUUAGGGAUGCUACAGAUUGCUAUAUCCUGGAAUUUGGGCUCAAUAGGAAGUUGGUCAAUACUCUCCUCGAGCUCCUUGAUGAUCCAGGUCAAGUUGGAGAUGAGUCCGCGUUUGUAUUGUCUAGUCUGGUCUUAGGGAAGGAAGAUCUACAUACGAUAGCUCUUGAAGCUGAUGCUAUGGUUAAAUUUCGUGAUUGCAUGGAGAAGGAAAAUGUCAAUCCUAGGCGUCUUCGAGGUGUAUUGUUGGCCUUGGCUGAUCUCUGCUCAAAGUUAGAAAUCUGUAGAUCGACAUUCCUAUCCAUGCAGGUCUUGAAACCACUUAUUGGUUUCCUAAACCAUAAGGAGGAAGAUAUACGAAUUGCAGCUUGCACCUGCUUAAAAAAUGUUACUCGAUCAAUCAAGAAUUUGUGUGCAGGUUACUUUAUGAAAAAUGAAGCCCUCGUCACUGCUUUGGUUCUGUUGCUGAUGGAUGCUUCGGAGGAAGUCCAGGUUGCAGCUCUUGGUGUUGUGAGCAAUAUUGUUGUUGAUUUCACUACACAAAAGUCUAUGUUUGUUGCACAUGAAGGCAUGCAACAGCUUUUUGGUUUAUCAAAAUCAAUGGUUCCCGCGGUUAGGUCAAAUGCCCUCUGGGCUUUAAGGAACAUGACGUUCCUUGCGGAUGACAAAUGCAAAGAAGCAGUUUAUUUAGGGAUGACCCCGUCACUGAUUGCAGAUCUUAUAUGUGAUGAUGAGGUUUCUGUUCAGGAGCAAGCUUUGGCCCUUGUUCGCAAUCUUGUUGAUGGAAGUAUUGAGUCAAUUGAGCAAGUUUUUACCGAUGAUGGUAUUAUUUUAGAUGCUGCCGGAAGCCAAUUACAGUGUGGUCCAAAUGCUGAAGUUUUGAUACAGGGAAUGUACGUGCUCGGAAACAUUGCCUGUGGAAAUGAGAUUCAUAAGGAAGCAGUUAUGUGCCUGCUUUUCCCACUAGUGGGGAGGGGACCCGAGCCUUUCUUUGUCAACUUCUUGCUGAGCACUGACAGUAGAUUGCGCCUUGCUACUGUGUGGGUCCUUAUAAAUCUCACCUUGCCAUCUCCUGGAGCAUUGAAUCGGCAACAAAGACUACAGAAAGAAGGGGUGCUGUCCAUAGUAAGGAGUAUGGUCAAUGAUCCUUGCUUGGAUGUGAAGAUUAGAGUAAAAACAUUGCUCACCCAGACUGAGCUUGGUGACUUUUGACAUCAGUUGUAGAGGAUUAACCUCUUAAACAACUAGAUCAUAGAGAUGAGUGGAGACAGACAUUUGUUUUUUUACAUCUUAAACUUAGCCGUAGUAAUAUCUCCAGCUUUCUUCCGGGCAACGUAUCAUGCUUCAGCCAAGGUUUGUAGUUUCAAGCUACUGCUGUAGUUUCAUGGUGCUGAAUGAACUAUAGAAUCUUUAUUAAGUACAGAAAAUUGGAACAUUUCAUGGUCUGGACUAGUUGAAGUUUUCUUUCUUGUGUGUUUUUGUGGAUUGCCCACAUUUCGGAUGAAUAAAACACAAUGGCUUAUGUGGUCAUCAUUAUCAACCAUUUGGUAUGGUGACCCCUAACACCUCGAAAAUGGUUCAUAAAAACUUUCCACACUUACUGACGUAAGCAAGCCCAAAAAUAUUUACUCUCUGUUGGAAAUUUGUCAUGGUUAGUUACAUGUUUACGCAAACUGUAUAGUUGUUCUCUCUAGAUAAUUUGUGAUGAAGUGAAAAAAGAUCAGAUUCAUGCUUUGAUCUUCUCUUUUCGUCGUGACGUUCUAGCUGAAGAACUAUGUGCAUGAUCCCGUUUCUUGCCUUUUGUAGGUGCAGAGUUUAGAGUAUCCUGUUUUCACAAUUACAGCAGUGUGAGAGGAGAUGCCUUUGUAACAUUGUGGGAUGCAGUUCAACUGUCAAGAGUGUGUUCCCUUGAACAUGAAAUUGUGCAUACAAAUGGCUGUAUCAUUAUUCGUUUGACUAUCUCAGAGGACUCCUGUUGUUGUAUUUUGUACAUUAACUGCCAUCAGUUUGCAUGGCACUGUAAAAUGCUUGCUUAGAGAGUUUAUGCAAAACUUCAGGUUUUCUCUUCGGUAUUGUCUCUACUAGCUGCUGCAUAUGCUGUUCUCUAGUUGUUGUUGUUUAUAAUACCGGGUUUAAUGCGUUGGAGCCGAGUAUCAAAUCGAUAACUUUCAUUAGCAAGCAAAAUCAGAGGUUAAUGUUGAUAUAUGCUAUAUGUAAAGCAGGGCCAGGGUAUUUAUUGCUGGUCUCUUUCCUUUUACAGCUCUGCAGCAGAAGAAAUUGCCAUAUCUUUGCUUGGAAAGAAAGGUAACCAUCUUACCAUUGAUAGAUGCUUGACUUGUACCAUUAUAUACACAAAAGGUGCUUACAUUAUACAUGCUACAAUAAUAUCUUUUUUCUUUUUCUUUUUUGUGACAGUUUCUUUUUGUCUUGGAUCAUAUAUAAAGAUCAACCAAGGAAACCAAUAAGUUCCAUUGACGAGUCUGAAUUCCCUGAGCUACAAAGUGACAAAGACGAAGCAAGCAAAAUUCCUCUGGAAAUCUUUCUUUUCUGGUGUGGAUCUCUUCCAGCAGCAACUUCUCGAUUUAGCCAAUCUUCUCCGUGUUGGUAUCAUCCGAUGGCCAUAUCACAGUCUCCAGGAGCCGUUCACGCAUUAGCGCCAAGUUCUCGUCCGAAAUCUCUUGGUACAUCUCCGCAUGGUUGCAUUUCUGCAUUCACAAUUACCAUAUUACUCACACAGUUAAUCACAUUGUUUACUAUGACUCGCUUGCAUAAUGUAAGCUAAACACAUUUCCUUAUUACCUUAAUCCAUUUUCCAUACAGGUGAAGCCUCGUCACCAUUACUCUCUCAGCAAGGUCCUGCCUCUCUUUGGCUAGAGUUCGGAUGAAAUGCUUCCCAGUUCCAGGCUUGUUCAUGACCACAAAACUACAAACCAAAUAGGUAAAAGAAUAAGGAGACUAUAUUAUUUCUAUGUUCCAGUUGAAAACUUGAAAGAUUCUUGGUGCAAUUUCGCAGGCUUACUCGUAAAACCAACGGUAAUGAGUUGGAUUCAUCUCAUACAGCUGGUUCAUGACCGUCCUCACUGCCUUGUACGUGAAGUAGUUCAUUAUUUGC